AUGUCAGGUGUGGAAGAAGAUAUUCGAAAGAAAAUCGAAAGAGAGCGUAACAUUAUUCAAGGUGCCUCUAACCUCAAAAAAAAGACACGAAAUGAGAUGGUUAUUCAAAAAUGUGAUAUGAACAUUAGAGAAGCACAACAGAAUAUCAAAUAUUUGGAAGAAACACUACAAAAGUUCCAAUUGACAAGUAAUGACCAGGGAUCAACAACUGAUCCAACUCAUAUUUCUUCCAGCAAUGGCAAUACUAAUACAGCUAAAGGUUAUGGUCAGCUAUCAACAAUUGGUAAGAAUGAGAAUACAUAUUCUAGAUUAGACUUAGUCAAAUAUGACUGCCCAUCAUUGGCCCAGAGAAUUCAGUACAUGCUUCAACAAUUGGAAUUUAAAUUACAGGUUGAAAGGCAGUAUCAAGAAGCUAAUACCAAAUUAACAAAAUUAUAUCAGAUAGAUGGUGACCAAAGGACCAGUUCUGCUGCACAAGGUGAACGAGAAGAGUCAAAAAGUAGGAUCCAACUUUUAACAAAGGCCUUAAAGAAAUAUCAAGCAAUUAAUGUUGAUAUUGAUCAACUGAAAGCAACAGAUACUGCCUCAAUUUCCAGUACUUCUCAACCAAAGUUUAGAAGGAAACAAUUGUCGGGGGUAUUAACCAUAAAUAUUAAUGCCAUUAGGGAUGUUGACCAUAUUCAGUCGCCAAUGUUUUUAAGGAAGCCUGACACUUAUAUAACUGUUAAGAUUGAUGAUGCAAUCAAAAGCAGAACUAGACCAUCAAGAACAGAUAAAUGGCAUGAAGAAUUUCAUAUCCAAGUAGGUAAGGGAAAUGAAGUUGAAAUUACAGUAUAUGAUGAUAUCAACAAUAAAUUAACUCCUGUUGCUGUAAUGUGGUUCUUACUGUCGGAUAUUGCAGAAGCCAUUCGUAAAAUAAAAGUUGGAAAGACGAACGAACAACAAGGCUGGGUCAAUGCUUCUCGUUUAAUAAGUACCAGACAUGAUACUCAUCCUCACAAUGGCAGCGUAAAUGGAACACCUAGUAGCCUAGCAAAGAGUAACACUAGACUACCACCUCCAUCAUCAGGUUCGAAUUUGAGAUCUCCAGGGAACGAGCCCUUGCCAAUAACUAUUCAAUCUUGGUUCGUUUUAGAACCUACUGGUAAAAUCCAAUUAACUUUGGGCUUUGCAAAGACCUCAGAAAUAAAGAAAAAGAAUAUCGGAGCAGCUGGUGGUUUACAUCGUCAAGGUGCUAUUGUUAAUAGAAACGAAGAAAUUUAUGAACAACAUGGACAUCAUUUUGUCCAAAAAUCAUUUUAUAACAUCAUGGAGUGUGCCUAUUGUGGCGAGUUUUUAAGAUACAACGGUCUACAAUGCCAAGAUUGUAGAUUCUUAUGCCAUAAAAAGUGUUAUACUAAUGUUGUUACCAAGUGUAUUGCUAAAACAACGAGUGAUGCAGAUCCUUCUGAGGCAAACUUAAGCCACCAUAUACCACAUAGAUUUGAGCCUUUCUCUAACAGAGGUACUAAGUGGUGUUGCCACUGUGGUUAUAUAUUACCCUGGGGAAGACAAAAGGUAAGAAAAUGUAGCGAAUGUGGUGUUAUGUGCCACGCACAAUGUGCUCAUUUAGUCCCUGAUUUCUGUGGUAUGUCUAUGGAAAUGGCUAAUAAGAUACUACAAACUAUUCAAGACACUCAGCGUAGCCAAGAAAAGAGAAAGAGAAGAUCGUCACAACUAGUCAAAAAGAGGCCAUCUACUCUACAUAAACAAACUAGUGCUACAACGACGCCAAGACAGCCUGAAACUCCACAACCAAUACCACCUACUCACAGGGAACCCGAUAUAUCCCCACUAAGGGGACAUGGAUUGUCGCCAAAAAAAAUAUCCAUGUCAGACAUAUCAAUGGAUUCUGACCAAAAUAUACCUAUCACCGAACCUUCGACUAAGACAGCUGAUCUCUUUGGGGAACAAGACCUGUAUUCUAAUUUCACUACUAAUGCAACUACUAAUGAACAGCCUGGCACACAUGGUAGUCCUUCAAAAGAAUCUAUUGGUACUAAACAUUUUAGCCAAACAUCAUACCCAGACAUUAACAUUAAUGAACCAUUUUCAGAACAGCACCAGAACAUACCUGAACCAAUUCAACUACUAUCUACUUCUACAUCUAAUGUUAUCCAACCGGAGAUUGCCCCAGAUAUAAAUCUGGAGAAUAAUAUUCCAAUUGAAAGCUUACCUAGCGGCGUUAAUCCGUUCCGUGAUAUGAAUGAAGAUUCAUUCCAAGAACAACAAGAUACAGCUAUUACUGAAACCUCACCUGAAAAAACCCAGCAUUUUGCAAAGAGCGAGAAACACAUCUCAAAAAGCUCACUUUCAAGCAUUUCGCCACAUAAAGUGACACAAACUAGACAUAAAAGAAAGGCUUCCAAACGUAGGAAGGUGUCCUUAGAUGAUUUUAUUUUAUUGAAGGUUUUAGGUAAAGGUAAUUUCGGUAAGGUUUUAUUAUCUAAAUCGAAAAAUACAGGUACUAUAUGUGCUAUUAAAGUAUUGAAGAAAGAUCAUAUUAUCCAAAAUCAUGACAUUGAAAGUGCAAGAGCCGAGAAGAAGGUAUUUUUGUUAGCAUCAAAGGCUAAACAUCCAUUUUUAACUAACCUAUAUUGUUCUUUCCAGACUGAGAACAGAAUCUACUUUGCUAUGGAAUUUGUUGGUGGUGGGGAUUUAAUGUGGCAUGUGCAAAACCAAAGAUUAUCUGUUAGGAGAGCGAAGUUUUAUGCUGCAGAAGUUUUACUUGCAUUAAAAUAUUUCCAUGAAAAUGGUGUUAUAUAUCGUGAUUUGAAAUUAGAGAAUAUACUGUUAACUCCUGAAGGUCAUAUCAAAAUGGCUGAUUAUGGUCUUUGUAAAGAUGAAAUGUGGUUUGGUAAUACAACUUCAACAUUCUGUGGUACUCCAGAAUUCAUGGCCCCUGAAAUUCUUAAGGAACAGGAAUAUACAAAAGCAGUUGAUUGGUGGGCAUUUGGUGUUUUAUUAUAUCAAAUGUUAUUAUGCCAAUCUCCCUUUUCUGGGGAUGAUGAAGACGAAGUUUUCAAUGCUAUCUUGACGGAUGAACCCUUGUAUCCAAUUGAUAUGGCUGGGGAUAUUGUCCAAAUAUUCCAAGGCCUAUUAACAAAAGAUCCUGAAAGCCGUCUGGGGGCAGGCCCUCGUGAUGCUUUGGAAGUUAUGGAAGAGCCAUUCUUCAAUAAUAUUAACUUUGAUGAUAUCUUGAACUUACGCACAAAGCCACCAUAUAUUCCUAAAAUUAAUGGUAGUGAAGAUACUUCCUACUUUGAACAAGAAUUUACAGCAGCACCUCCUACUUUAACACCUAUUCCUUCUGUUCUAUCAAUUAAAGACCAAGAAGAGUUCCGCGGCUUCUCAUUUAUGCCUGACGACUUGGAAUUGUAG